CAAAUUAAGAAUGACACCGAUGCUUGGGAUUCUGUUUCUUUGUAUUGUGGCUACAACCAUUGCAGGAAAUAAUUGUUACUGGAAUGGUCAGGAAUACGAUGACGGAGACAUGAUCUUACACAAGGAUACAUCGCCGUGUAAAGAAUUUAAGUGUGUCAAUGGCGUGGUGGAGCUCACCCACUACAUGUGUCCAGCGUGUCCGGUGGGACGUAAAGCUAUUCAACUGUCGUGGGAAUGUUGUCCAAGAUGCUUCAAUCGAAAGUGACAUGACGCAAUUUUCUUUUGAAACGUGAUAAGAUCUGUUGGAAUUCCAUAUUUCUUGUUAACCUUUUCAUUCCAAUAAAUGUGUUGUUUUUUUCUUCUAUAGUUUUCAUUAUUUUUUGUCUUUUAGUUGUAGAAAUGCUUCAGCCCGGACCUGCUGUCACUCGCCGGUCGUCCUUUGGUAUAAUUAAACGCUUUUAUUUUUUUCAGGAACCACAUUGAACAUAAUAGAUAAAAUUAGUGUUAGCAAGAACCGUCGUGGGUAGUGGAAACAUAUUGGAUUGGUUGGUAACUGUAACUUCCCCAUUGUGAUGAUAUUACCCAAAACCGUUUUUACUUGCUCAUUUUAAUGAGUAAAUAUACAUAUACCGGAAGUCUUAAAAUCAUGCCAUCAUUUGUUAAAGGGUUUAGACUCUCCUGGGGAAUGGAUAUAUGUGGAUUGAGAUUCUGUUCAUUUACUCCUAGACAUACAUAUUUAACAGAUAAACUGUGCGCAUAGUAAAAUCAGUUCUGUGACGUCAUCUUCUGUUCUACAUAAUCUAACAUA